CAGUCUUGUAUAUGUUCUAAUAUUUGUGAUAAUUUGUAAGUUUUGUCCUUGUAAAAUAGUAUCAAUACCCGUUCAAAACGUAUCUAUCAGCUUUGAAUCAACAACCUAUCGACUUACCUACGACACAAUUCAAAUAAAAAAUGGUGAAGUUUUACGAAUAGGGUGUGAAACUAGUAAGCGCGCCUCGCCAGCACCAAACAUUCGUUUGUAUAAAAAGGGUGUUAGUAUACAACAAACAACAGGUUAUUACCUGGAGACAUCUUUAACUGUUACCAUGGAGAUGGACGGGUCAGAACUAUACUGUAAAGCUAAUAACAGUAAUCGCGUUGAAAGAUCAACAAUUAUAAAGUUACAAGUAUUAGAUUCGACAACAAUGUCACUACACGUGAAUAAUGUUACUGACAAUGAAAUAAUUCUGAAAUGUGAAGUAGAUGGUCAACCGAAUAACUACACAUUUUCACCAUGGAAGCAUUUCUUGGAUGGCGUAUUGAUACGAGAGGUCAACGGUUAUCUGGAGAAUGGGGAUACUUCUAUCUACUACCUCAACAUCUCAACUCAGUUAUAUAAAAACAGAGGAGUUUAUGUUUGUUCCGGAAGUUACAGUAGAAAUGGAGAGAUGUAUAAUCAUACCGCAAAUACGACGAUUCCUUCAACUGCUUCAAUCGAGUUCUAUAAAAAUGAUACUGAAUUCAUUAACGAGACUGUCAGAGUGGGAUCUAAUUAUAAUAUAAGUAAAAUAUUUAUCACCGGAAGCAACAGUAACAUCACGUGGUUUAAAGACAACAAUAGGCUAGAACGAUCCAGUCGUAUUGAUAUUAGAAGAUUAGAAGUUACUAUUCCUCACGACUACAACCAAACUGUGUUAAUACCAUACAGUCGAACAUUGAUAACAAUUACACCUGUACAGGUAUCUGAUGAAGGAUGGUAUCAAUGUUUUAUAUGUAACCAUGACGACUGUAGUAAUUCAUCCUUUCAUCUUUUAGUUGAAGAUGAAGACCUGGUUAAGGAUACUGAUAAAGUUGAAGUCGAAGACUCGGUUAAUGAUGCCGAUAAAGAUUCUCCUGACAAGAGACAAGAUAUGUUUGUGUUUAUUGGAGCUGGUGGUGGCUCUGGUUUGUUUUUCAUCAUUGUGGUGAUUAUUAUUGUUGUGCUAGUCAAAAGGCAUCGACGUAAUCAAAAAGAAACGGUUCAGGACGACCCGCCCCAACGUGAAAUGGAGAUUAUGGAGAAUGAUUUAUAUAUUAGUGGUGAUACACCGACACCCCAACAGAACAACGUGGAGGUGGUUUACACUCCCGUAAACAAGGUCACUCAACGAAGAGAUGCUUCCUCAAAACCAGAAAUGGAAAUAAUGGAGAAUGAUUUGUAUAUAAGCGCUGAUUAUGAUACGAAUCAGACGGAUGGAAACGGGGUGAAGACGGGACCAGAAAUGGAAAUAAUGGAGAAUGAUUUGUAUAUAAGCGCUGAUUAUGAUACGUCACAGAAUCAAAAUGGUGGAAAUGGAAUGAAGACGAAACCAGAAAUGGAAAUAAUGGAGAAUGAUUUGUAUAUAAGCGCUGAUUAUGAUACAUCAAAGAAUAAAAAUGGUGGAAACCAAGGUAUGAAGAAACCAAUAAAGAAAGCUCGUACCAAACUGACCAAGUGAAAUAAUAUUAGUCCAGAUGAAUUACCAAACAGAGAAUGACUAUUUAUUAAAAAAACGGAAUCUGAAGAUUUUCUGAAGUAAAUCGCUUUGAUUUAGGCAAGAAAACAGAGAAUGACUAUUUACUAAAACAACGGAAUCUCAAGAUUUUCUGAAGUAAAUCGCUUUGAUUUAGGCAAGAAAACAGAGAAUGACUACUAAUAGGACGGCUUUGAUUUAUGUUAAAAUAAACUUUUGAAUGGCGUUGAACUCUACUGUUAUUGCACGAUAAAAUUUUAAUUUCUCUAUACAAACUAUUUUUAAUAUCAACUGUUGAAUACAAUAUAAGUAUAUCACAAAUUUCAUUUAACUGGCAAUCUAAAGAUUUUAAAGGUAAACGGACGCACAAUUUUAUAUAAAUUAAUACUUUUGUUACAGUGUAUCUUUGUAUAUAUUUUAUUACUAUUUAAUUUUAGUCAAAAUAGCAAUUUACCAAUGUCCGAAUUGAUAUCUCGCUAAUCUUUCAAGUCUUUUAACUGUUUGGUUUUAAACUUAAUGUAACGAUAUAUAUUAUGUAAGU